CUGGUAUAAUAAAUGUGCAUUAACAUACGUUAAUAGAUCAGGAAAACAUAGGAAGAUGCACCGGUGGACGUGUGAAUGAAUUGCUUGGAUUUAUAAUAUAUUCAGGGUGAUUUGAAUAUAUCAACGCAAUAACAUGACAGGGGUAUUCAGCAAGUUGUAUAAUGGGCUGCGCGAUCACAUUCAGUUAGAUCGCAAGGACAGAGAGGGCAUCGCCUGCGUGUUUUGUACCACCAGAAAACGAAUAACCCAUUUUGAACAGAUUGGGAGAGGAAAUCACAUCACCAUCGGAGGUCAACACUUUAUGUUCAACAUUGGGGAUAGACAAAUAUCACCAUACACACACCAUGCAAUAGUGAAAAACGUUCAGCUGCUACAAGAAGAUACCGCUUCUGUAACUCUUAUCCAUUUCUUCAGCACGCCUUUCAGUGAAGAACUGGAAAUCAUUGAAACUACAGAGCUACUGAAUCUUUUGUACCAUGAAAUCUAUCUCGUGUGCUAUCACAAAACGCCAUACACGCCUGAUCAAAUCGUGGACAGGGCAGAGGAUAUCGUCAAGGAACACCAGGAUGUUAAGUAUUCACUUCUGAAUUGCAACUGUGAACAUUUCUGCAACUGGUGUUCGGUCGGCAAUGAGGAAAGUUUCCAGAUGCACGGGGCGAAAGAGGUGAUAAAUGAUAUUGCAUCCGGAGUCAUAAAUGUCGGCGGAAAGGUUUUGAGAUCGGUAUGCAAACUAAUAGCCCUUUCCCUAGAUGAUGCGGCUAUGGCAGCAAGAACGGCCCUUGUUUGGACUCCUUGGGGCGUUCUGGCAAUUGUCGCUGUAGUAUUUCUUAUUUACACAGUAUUUCGUCACAAACAGCUAGGUGAAGAGAGAGCUGCCGGUAAAAUAUGUGCAUCUUGUUGUCGUCGGCAACGAAGUGUUCUAUGGGCAAAGUUUAUAUCCUACUGCGGCCUUCAAGUGGGAGGUCUAGCCCUUUUGGCUGCUGUUAUAACCGCAGGAGCGUCAACGGGCAUUGUAGUAGGAGCCAUGGUUGUCUGUGGAGUUUUCACCAUUUGUUUUACACACUUAAUUCCGAAGAUGCGAAAGCUAUUCUUUUCACCAUUCCAAGGAUCCAAGCACAAAGUUCAUUCACUUAAAAAGGUAUGGAUCGGAGAUAUUGUUUCAUUCGACCACAAAAACAUUUCCCAUGAAGGAAUCGUUUCUUCAGUGGUAAUUUACAAAGGAACACGAAAGCAACGAGGAAAAUUAAGGGUGAUUCACUACUCUUCUCCAAGUCUGUUCGGUCGUCGUAUUAUUACCGAAGAUGAGAUAUUAAUCGAUUUAAGUAAAGAUCGACUAGUUGGCCAUAAUUACAGCGGCUACAAAACGCACCCUCCAGAACUUGUUGUACAACGAGCCCAGCAAAGGAUAGGCGAAACCAAGUUUGGUCUGCUAUCAAACCGCUCCUGCCAUUUUUGCCAUUGGGCAAAACUAGAUGAAGACAUCAACAUGGAUAUUGAAACUACACAAGUGCCAGACAAACUGAUCUUCUUGCGGUCAAUAAAUCCCAUGGAAACAAUUUCAAACAUGCGACAAGUCAACAUUGAUCACCACAUGGAACGGAAACAUUCUUCAAAGGGAAUGGGAAAACAGUGGGCCAAAAUACGAGACGAUGUGAAGCCUGGACAGAUCAUUGAAUUCAAAUGGAGAGGAUUUUGGCACAAGGCGAUAAGCACAGAGGUAAUGCCUGUUCGUGACUGUAUUUCAAAGCUCGCUGUGAAAGUGGUACACUACGGGGCUAAUCAGCCGCGCCGCGUUAUUGAAGAAACCUUCAAAUUUGAUCUUCGAUACGAGGACAUAUGGAUAUACAUGUUCCACCCCAUGUAUAGGUUUCAGAAGGAAGAAGUGAUCAAGAGAGCAAGGUCGCGUAUUGGUGAAGGAAAGUAUAACUUGCCAGCGUACAGAUCGGUUCAUUUUGCGGAAGAAGUCGUGAAGAAGGAUCGAGAUCAAAUGAUUCAAGAAAUAGAUGAACUAAAACCCGGAGAUGCAAUCACUUUCUAUUAUUGGGGCUUAAAACACGACGCAAUUGCAACUGCAAUUGAACAAGGUGAUUCAAAAGCCAAUGAUAUAGGCAAAGUAAGAGUGAUACACUACGCUCUCGACAGUAUUUUCGGUACACGAACAAUCAAAGAGGAGUCCAUUACAAUGUCUCUGAAUAAGGACCACGUGUUCCGGAAAAGCUUUGAAGGUUACGUAACGUAUCCAGCGGACAGGGUUAUAAAAAGAGCAAGGUCGAGAUUGGGAGAACAGCGAUUCAACAGAUGGGGUAACAGAUCAUCUCAUUUCGUUUUCUGGUCAAUGGUCGUGCAAAGUCCAGCACGUGUUGCUUUCGCUAACGGCGGAAAUGAAAGUUCUAGGGAGGAAAUCGUACUACUUCCGAGGGCCGGUAAAGUCUACAAGGAUUUCCAGAUCUUCGAAGUUCACGCAUGGUCUGAUUUAAAAAAGGGAUCAAUUGUUCAAUACAAUUACUAUUGGAUAACGCACCAGGGCAUUCUGUCAGCAGUGGACGAAACUCGGGAAACGAUAAAGGUCAUUCAUUAUGGAGCGAAACACCUCUUUGCUACUCGAACCAUAAUAGAGGACGAGAUUACUCUACAUCUCAAGAGGGAUAGAAUUCAGAUUUAUAGAUGUCAUCCAUCAAAAUGCAACAAGCCUGAUGUCGUGGUCGCUAAGGCCAAAGCAAGACUUGGGGAAACCGACUGGCGCCCAAACAACAGAUCCCUGGACUUUUGUCUUGCCUGUCUAUUCAAGAAAACAAACAAAGAAGAUUGACUACUGAUUAAUUGUGAAUGUGCAGUACUUAUGUACAAGUCUUAUCUGAAUAGACGAGAGGGAAGAUUCCAUGUUAAAAACUUCAUUGACUGGUCAUGAAAGAGCAAUUUAUGUUCGUGUGUUUACUUGUUUCAAGCAAACACCCUUCGACCGGGCAAGACUUUUGAUACUUUAUACAUAGUUCUCUUAAACGGUUAACAUACUCCAGCAGAUUUUUUAAGCAGAUCUGAAUUUGAUUGUAAUGCACUUGAAGCACAUUUAGCUGCUUAUUAUUUGGUGUUAGCAGAUAUAAAGCAAUUCUAAAGUUAUAAAUAAAUUAAGAUAUAAAUAAAAAAAACGUGAAAACUAAAAGCACGAAUAGAAUGACAUAACAUAUAUACAUAUACAUUCAACCACUUUUAUUGUUAUUCUUCAUAUUAUUACCUGUGUCAAUGACAUGUCUUGAUAUAACAGCGUUGUAAGCAGUGAUUGCUGGAAUAAUACAUCUGUUGAUCUAGUAUGUUUUAUGAUCAAAGAAAUAAUAUGAAUAUUCUAUAAUCAACCUAUAAAAACAAUUGUAGUAUUUGAUAGUAUCUCUUCUUAAUGAUUGUCUUUUUCUGUCGGAGUUGACUUGAAUUUUAGGAUAAUGUACAAUAUUUCAACAAUAUUUAAACAAUCAGUUCAACUCGAAAUGCCAUUUUUAGCAUAGAUGCGCGGUUAAACGAAAUUUACGAUUUUACUUUACUUAAUUAUCUCUUUAACGCUUCAAAGCCUUCAUCUUCGUAUAGAAACUUUAGAUGGUUCUGUAACAUGUAGCAAUUGCAUUUCACCACGCUAGUCCUCAGUAUUUAGUAUUCGAUUUAUUAUAAUUUUGUAAUCUCAUUAAAUAGCGUAUUUAAUGGUUAUCAAUUUAUGAAUAUAUUGUUUACAUGAUAUACACACCAUGAUUUAUGUCGUAUGUUUUGCCUUUGCAUUUUUAUAGCAACUCACCUAGCCUGAUCUGAUUAUGACGUGUACCUAGCCAGUAUAUAAAUCCACGGUAUUUUACGUGCCAUUUAUUUUUGCAGUCACUUGCAUUGUAAUUAUAUAUAGUUUGUCAAUGUAGAUAAUUAAUCAAAUGCUUGUAUACUAGUAUACGUAAGUUGAUGACAUUUAUUAAAAUGUAAUUUAAUAUAAGUUUGUUUGUUUUUUCAUUUAUUUUUCAUGACGAAUAUUUUCACCAAUAUAUCUGCCUUUGAUAGAGCCUGUUUGUUCGUAAUCAAUUAUUUCAGGUAAAACUCGUUUUAUUCUGUUCGAAACUGUCUUCGUUGCUAUUUUACAGUCAUUAUUUAUUAAGCUGAUUGGUCUCCAAUUUGAAAGGUUUUCUAAAUCUCUAUCUCGUUUAGGAAUAAGAGAGAUUAUACCUUGUUUUUGAAGUUGUGUUGUAUGACCAUUUCUAAAGGAGUAGUUUAAAGAGUCAAUUAAAAUAUCUUGAAUAUCGUUCCAAAAAAAUCUAAUAAAAUUCUGCAGUUUCGGAAUUAUCUAUUAUUCUCAUCUAAGGCUGUGUUCUUUCUAUGAAGUUUUUUUUUUAUAAAAAAGUCACUAUUUCAUUGUUUACCUUCAAUUUAAAAAAACUGUUUUCUUCUCUGCAUGUUUUUCUCAAGGACUGCGAAGUAUUUUGUGUUUGUUUGUUUUUUCAACGUGUAUUGCUUUUGCCCUUAAUAUAUAUUAUUUUUUUGAUUGCUGCGAGCAUCAUCUAGUUCUUUCUUUUUAUGUAUCAUUUCUUGUGUGAUGCUGUCGAUAUUGUCAGGUGUACUUUUGUCUGGUUUUGAUUCAAUUUAGUUUAUUAGUUUUUUUUCUUUAGAUUGUAGUAUUGAUUUCUUAUGUGAUGCAUAUCUUAUUGUUUCGUUUCUGAUUGAACCUUUUGUUAUUCCCAUAGUGUAUUUGGAUUGGCUUCUUUAUUUAAGCUUAUCGUUUCACGGAUGCACUUUUUUAUAUGUGUUCGAUAUUCUGUAUCUAAUAAAAGAGAGCUAUUCAGUUUAAAGUACCCUGGGCCUUUUUCAGUUUUUAAAUGAUAUAUCGUUAAAAUAUUAACGGAGUGGUCCGUCCUAAACCCUGGUUUUAUAUAACGUUUCUUUAUGUAAUUUAACUUAUUGUCUGAUAUUAAGAAGUAAUCAAGUCGACAGUGUAUAUGAGGUUUACUACUCGAGUUCCAUGUAAAUUGCGUUAAACGCCAUAUUUCGGCUAAUUCGCAAGAAUCUAUUAUAUUUGUUAAAGUAUUUCUUCAUUUUUUGUGAGUGUCAAUCUUACCAUUUUUUGUCUAAUGUAGAACGGUAUUAAAAUCACUACCAAUAAUAAAGGUUUUUUCAUCAUUCUCUAGCAGUGUUUUUUGAAAAGUUUCAGAAGGUGUGGGUUCGUCAUCACUAGGUCCUUAUACAUUUAUUAUGGUAUAUUUCUUUUAAUUUGAUAUAAUGUCUAAAGCUAUGAUUCUACCUUCUAUAAUUUCUCUAUAUGUGUGUAUGUCUAUAUUAGCUUUUGGGUUUAAAAGAAUUGAAACUCUUUUAGUGUUUGUACUACUGAAAAACAGGGUCCACUCCAAUCAUGUUUCGAUAUUGUAUUAGAUAAUUUUGAACAAUGUACUUCUUGCAACAAUGUGAUAUCAUACUUAUUACUAAUAAUCCUUUCGAUUAUUUGUUUCCGUUUUUCUAUGUUACUUAAACCUCGAAUGUUUAAUGAUACUACUUGUGUUUCCAUUUUACAAACUUGGGAAACUCAUUAGAUCGGCAGUUAUGUUCAUUUGUUAACACGUGCUAUAUGUAUAUUACGUUACUCUUGUAGUAUGUUUUAUGUGUGAUGAUAUUCAUUAAUGGCAUUAUCAUAAUGAUUGACAAAGGUAAUGCAAAAAUACAUACAAACAUUAUAAGUAUUGUAGGCUAAUCUAUAGGGUGGUAGCAAUAUGUUUAUAAAGCAAAAACAAAAGCAUUGUCAAUUAUCAACUAAUAAAACAUCAAUAUCUCAAAAUAACGCCAAUAAAAUUGUAUUCAUAUUAUAAAAUGACAGUGGUAAUAUUGUCCGUAACUCUCUUGACAUUAAAAGUACGUUUUUUUAAUCAACAUCGAGGUAGUGAUAUAAUUUUGGCGAUAAUUCAUCAACACUACAUAACAACAUCAAUUGGACUAUUUUCAUUAAUUACGACGUAUUCAGUAAGAUAUAUUAUAUAAAUGAUGUUGUGACAUUGUCGAUGUAUAUAAAAGA